AUGAAGAAUGCUGAGCUUUCCGUAGAUCAGGGCAAGCAAAGUAACGAGGCCCCCAAAAACCCAGAUGGAGAACAACCGCCCAGGAAGCCUGGAUCAAAAGAGAAGGGAAGAAAAAGAACAAAAUCGGGAUGUUUGACAUGUCGAAAACGCCGUAUCAAGUGUGGCGAAGAGCGUCCAACAUGCCAAAACUGUACUAAAUCCAAACGCCAGUGUGAGGGCUACACUCAGAGAGUUGUCUUCAAAGAUCCUCUAAAUGCCUACCGGCCGUCCCUAUCUGCAUCAUUACAAGGCUCGUUUUCUGCCCGUGGCUCUGGAUCUUCGGUGUCUCAUCAUGGCGUACCUCAACAACAUACAAAACCCACUCAAACCCCUCUUCCCAUUGCACCAAAACUUGGACCUCGUGGAUCAUCAUUCCAAACAUUUGAUAUAUCUGCCGCUGCUGGUAUUCCACCAGCAACACCUGUAGGAUUAGAGCGAAGGCAAUAUACGUUUCAAAGUGACACUAGAGACAUAUCUACACACAAUAGUCUACCACCACAACCACUGCAGUCUGUUGAAAUUAAGUUCGAUGCCGUGGAUCGCUCACAUAUUCCCGAGCCAAACAAUAGACCCCAUGGACAAGGUAAAGCAGUUCAUUAUGACUUCAACGCCCUUGUUGAAGAAGCUCCAAAACUCGAGGCCCUACAAACACCGGCACAAACAAGCCCCCAAGACUGGUCAGCUGGGCCGAAUACCUCAACACCGUUGUAUCAUUCGUUCGCAACAAAUUCAGAGUGGAAAACCCAAAACGUGGGGAGCUCGACUUCAAGUAGUUCUGCCUUUUCAAACGAGGCUCGCCUACAAUCUUCCUCGCGCGUAAAGCUAGAGAAUGAGCUUAGAGCUCCUGCGGAAGAACAGGAAAGGUAUGAUGGGUUGUCUCAAAACUACCAAGAAGCUCAACCGCGCUUGGGCACCCAAUUUUCGCAACAUACCACUGAGUGGCCCAUCGAGCAAUCAACAGUCUCAAAGAGCACUCAAGGGUAUACCAUCGAUGAUGAUGACGACCCGUUUGAUGUGUCCGAUGAUGAUGUUGCCAUGGGAGAUUACACCGGCUCUGCGACUUGGGAAGACGACUUCCUGGGCCACAUCAAGAGCAACGACCUGGGCAUUGUUGUGGCAACUCAAGCUGUCCAAGAGAGACAAGAGAGCCAAGGUCACCUAGUUCGUUCUUUCAAGUCUUUUAUUGACCGGCCAGAUAUGCUUGCAAAUUAUGUCCCAUCUCCUCAAUCUUCGCCGUUGAGUGACAGCAUGUCAGCUCGAAUAUUUUGUCACUUUGUUAAUGUUACGGCCCCUAGCAUUUCAUUGUUUGAGAGACAUCCCGCCAACCCUUCGUUGAUAUUCCAAGGGCAGCCAGUACCGCUAUCUCAACAGCAUAUUUGGACUUACACCUUCUCCACUGUUGCACUUCGACACCCGGCGCUGCUGCAUGCGAUGCUUGCACUUGCAAGUAUUCAAAUAGCAAAGCUCCAAGGUGAACCCAUCACGGCAGCGCUGAAGCAUUAUGCGAUUAGUCUCCGACGUACUGCAAAAUGUAUAGGCAGCCCUACUCGAAGAAGUGAGCCAGCAACAUUAGCUGCCGCAAUGCUACUAGCAUUCUUCGAGGUCUGGACCGCAGAUCAUCAGAAAUGGAGCAACCAUUUACUCGGCGCACGACAACUAGUCAGGGAGAUUGAUUUCGCAGGCAUGACAAGGUAUAUCAAAUCUCAAAAAGUCCAAAAGCGUUGGGAAGAGCGCAUGAGGUAUUAUCAAACCCAGCAGCAAGAAGUCGGCCAUAACUUUUAUGAUGAUAGGCUUAGGCACCAGUUGUAUGUCGACGACGUGGAUGAGACCAUUGUCAGUAUGUUAAUGGGCAAGAAGCUCAGCUAUGAUCAAUUUGGGCAAGUUGUCGACGACACUUUCCAGGACGACAGCGGGGAAACUUAUUCGGAGAGAGAUCUUGAGUUAUAUGAAACACAACGCGAUCUGUUCUGGUGGUAUUGUAAACAAGACGCCUAUCAAGCCAUCCUUGGGGGAGGUCGGCUUUUCAUGGAAUAUGACUUAUGGAGCCAUUGUCCUCCACGAGCGGCUCCUGGCCGUCUCAAUGCAACCUAUGGUACUUUUGAUCACGUAAUUCUCCUCAUGGGGAGGGUCGCGGAUUUCGCAGCCAAAGAUCUAAAGAGAAAGCGCAAGCAGAUACAAGCAAAUGGGGGCUGGCGCCCACCACAGAGCAUGUUCAAUAACAACGGCCCUAGGCCUGGUCCAGGGACCGGUCCCCAAACACAAUCCCCAUCAUUUCCCCAGAUGCCGAAUCAGCAAGUACCACCGCAAAUGCCCCAAAUGCCCGACUUCAGCGGCAUGGUCCCCGGUGUCAAACCACCCCAAAUGCCCAUGGGCUUCUCCUCAGCUCGCGACAGUUCCCCGGAAAGCACGCAGUCGGCCGAAGAUCUCGACCUGGAAGCCAAGAAGCUCGACGCAGAUGAAGAAUGGCAAGACAUCCGCAACGGGUUCGCCAUCCUCGAAGACCACUUUGGCGAGGAUUUCCAAGCCCUCGGUCCUGAGUUCUCCGCUCCGAUUCAGACGCCCUUUGGUCCUGCAUUGCAGUAUCGCACGUAUGGCAUUGCGGGAAUAUGGAUGAACUUUUACAUGGCGCUCAUAGUGUGCCAUCGCGCUCACCCAAGCAUGCCACCCGCGGCGAUGAUGGCAGCUGGGAUAGCGGCGCGUCAGACGGCGAACUAUGCGAAUCAGAUAGGCCGGAUCGCGGCGGGGAUUGCGCCGGAUUGUGAGAGGAUGCAGGAGGUGAAUCCGAGUGUGGGCGCGGCGUUGAUAGAGUCGAGCACGUGUCUGUUUGUCUCGGGUGUACAGUAUCAAAACGCAGCCCAACGUUCCUGGACUGUCUCCCGGCUGCACGAUAUAGCACGCCUGACCGGCUGGCAGACAUCCUUGGCGAUUGCCACAGGCUGCGAGACGUCCUGGUGCAAGACCGCCGAGCUGGGUAAGGGCCCUGCGUAUACUCGGAUAACGACUCCAAGAGACGUUCCGGAUAUUUGGCUCAAACCAAGGAGGCUUGAUCAGGCAUUUGAGGGAAAGACUAUUGAUGAGAGGAGGAUGAUUGUUAGUGGAGGUGAUAGGGUACACUAUGCACUGGGGAUAUUGGGGGUAGAAGAGGAUUUUGAAACUUUGGAUUUGGAUAAUGAGGGUGGGGAAGGGGCGUAA